CCUCUGAAUCUUUGUUGAUGGCACACUUGCAACUUGUCAUCACUUGUCAAAGUAUCAUUCAAAAAAUCGCCUAAUAUAAAUUUUAUCACAAUGUUCACUCUUCCACCACGUCCUCCGAAAGACUAUGUGCUGAAAGAUAUUACCAAAAGUCUUUGUUCGUCUUCCCAAUUCACUCCGGAUUCUCUGCCAAGAGUAACUCAAGACAAUUUGGGAAAAUUUUGUUCUCCCAUAGAGUAUGAAGAUAAUGAACUUCCUGAAAAAAUCACGAUUGAUAUUCAACCCACAGUCAUGGAAAAAAUGACGAACGAUGCCAGAGCGUGUUGGGUGGUACAACCUGGAAAAGAUGAUUUCUUCCUCCAUGACGUUUACAAGAAGUAUUCUGUGAAUCAAGAUCGAGCUAAUUAUGACCCUAGGUAUAUGCAUAAAGAAAAAGUCUUCAACCGUUCGUACCAGUUCGAACUGGAUUGCAUCGAAGCAGCCCGUUUAGAAAAACUCCGUGUAAAGUGCGAAAGGGAGGACGCAGAUUUCGAAAAUUCGUUUCAAAGGUUGGUGACUAAUCAAAAAGCGAAAGAGAAACCUGCCAUUCAAGUAAAAACUUGCAAAGAAGAACCGCCAUUCUGGUGGAAAAAAUCGAACAUUGAAGGGGAAUGUGAUGUCGUUGAACAGCCUAAAACUGAGACAUUCAGUGAUGAUCUGGUUGGUACAACCAGUUACCGUUCGUCUUAUGUGAGAUGGCAAGAGGAGCCCAAUUUGACAGCAUUCGUACAAGAUGAUCCAUGCAGAAGAAAGCGAGAUAUGCUUCU